AGCCGCAGAACCCCACGGCUGUGCCUGCCAGCCUCCGCGCUGCGCACUUGCCAGCCAGUCCGCCCGUCCGGAGCCCGGCUCGCUGGGGCAGCAUGGCGGGGUCGCCGCUGCUCCGCGGGCCGCGGGCCGGGGGCGUCGGCCUUUUGGUGUUGCUGCUGCUGGGCCUCCUUCGGCUGCCUCCCGCGCUGUGCGCGCGGCCGGUAAAGGAGCCUCGUAGCCUGAGCGCAGCGUCACCGCCCAUGACUGAGGCUGGCACUCCCCGCCGCUUCCGUCGGGCAGUGCCCCGAGGAGAGGCGGCGGGCGCGGUGCAGGAGCUGGCCCGGGCGCUGGCGCACCUGCUGGAGGCGGAGAGGCAGGAGCGCGCGCGGGCCGAGGCGCAAGAGGUCGAGGAUCAGCAGGCGCGCGUCCUGGCGCAGCUGCUGCGGGGCUGGGGCUCCCCCCGCUCCUCCGACGCGCCCUUGGGCCUGGACGACGACCCCGAUGCUCCCGCGGCACAACUCGCCCGCGCCCUGCUCCGCGCCCGCCUUGAUCCCGCCGCCCUCGCAGCCCAGCUUGUCCCCGCGCCCGCUCCAGCCGCUGCGCUGCGACCCCGGCCCCCAGUAUACGACGACGGUCCCACCGGCCCGGAUGCUGAGGACGCUGGCGAUGAAACAUCCGAUGUGGACCCCGAGCUGCUGAGGUACUUGCUGGGAAGGAUCCUCACCGGAAACGUGGAACCCGAGACUGCGGCUGCCCCGCGCCGCCUCCGCCGUGCUGUAGAUCAGGAUCUGGGCCCGGAGGUGCCCCCUGAAGGUGUUCUUGGGGCGCUGCUGCGCGUGAAGCGUCUGGAGAACCCCCCGCCCCAGGCGCCCGCCCGCCGCCUCCUGCCACCCUGAGCCCCGCCUGCAUCCCAUGCGCCUUGGAACCUCCAG